CUAUGGUCGGAGGAUAUGCACACACGAUUAACUUUGGGCUGUAAUUGUAUGCUACUGUCAGAGUGUUAGAGCAAAGUGGGAGUGGGCGACGCCGUGGAAGAUGUGAGCGAUUGUUGUGUUGGGUGUGGUUGCUUAAUAAUUUUGAAGGUGAACAUACUCAAAUUUUAGGACGAAAAUGGCAACUGAGAAAGUGACUCUUGCAGAUGCUCUGUCUAAUGUGGACGUUCUUGAUGAACUGACAUUGCCUGAUGAGCAACCGUGCAUCGAAGCUCAACCAUGCUCUGUUUUAUACCAAGCAAAUUUUGAUACAAACUUUGAAGAUCGUAAUGGAUUUGUUACAGGAAUAGCAAAAUACAUCGAAGAAGCAACAGUUCAUGCAAGUCUUAACGAACUGCUUGAGGAAGGUUUAGUGCACGCUGUAAUGCUGUACACGUGGAGGUGCUGUUCUCGUGCUAUUCCACAGCCAAAAUCAAAUGAACAACCGAAUAGGGUUGAAAUAUAUGAGAAAACUGUAGAAGUUCUUGCACCAGAAGUGAAUAAACUCUUGAACUUUAUGUAUUUUCAGAGGAAAGCUAUAGAAAGAUUUUCUGCUGAAGUGAAGAGAUUAUGCCAUCAAGAAAAAAGAAAAGAUUUUGUUUCAGAAGCAUACCUUCUUACACUAGGAAAAUUUAUUAACAUGUUUGCUGUUCUUGAUGAAUUAAAGAAUAUGAAAUCAAGUGUGAAAAAUGACUAUUCUACUUACAGAAGGGCAGCCCAGUUUCUAAAAGUGAUGGCUGAUUCACAGACACUUCAGGAAUCUCAAAACCUUUCAAUGUUCCUUGCAACUCAGAAUAAAAUCAGAGAUACAGUUAAAGAAAACUUGGAAAAAAUUCCUGGGUAUGAGGAACUUUUAGCAGAUGUAGUGAAUAUAUGUGUUCACAUGUUUGAGACAAAAAUGUACUUGACACCACAUGAGAAGCAUAUGCUUGUUAAGGUGAUGGGAUUUGGACUGUUUCUCAUGGAUAGUGAUCUGUGUAAUAUCAAUAAACUUGAUCAAAAGAAGAAGCUAAAGCUAGAGAAGAUUGACAGGAUAUUUAAGAAUCUGGAAGUUGUGCCACUGUUUGGAGAUAUGCAGAUAGCGCCAUUCAAUUAUAUAAAGCGUAGCAAGCAUUUUGAUCCGUCCAAGUGGCCUCUGUCCAGUUCCAACAGCAUAAGUCCUCAAGCUGAUUUAAUGGUGCACCUGCCCCAGAUACGAGAAGACCAUGUUAAAUACAUCAGUGAACUUGCAAGAUAUAGCAAUGAAGUAACAACAACAUACAAAGAAACAAGGAGUGAUGCAGAAAAUAAGGAAACAGCAGACUUAGCAUUAAGGGGUUUGCAGCUGUUAUCAGAGUGGACUAGCGUUGUAACUGAAUUGUAUUCGUGGAAACUUCUUCAUCCAACCGACCACCAUCAAAAUAAAGAAUGCCCACCAGAAGCAGAAGAAUAUGAGAGGGCAACACGUUACAAUUAUACAGAUGAAGAGAAAUUUGCACUUAUUGAAGUAAUAGCAAUGAUAAAAGGACUGCAGGUGCUAAUGGCCCGAAUGGAGACAGUAUUCACUGAUGCAAUACGACGUAAUAUAUAUGCAGAAUUACAAGACUUUGUUCAACUUGUUUUGAGAGAACCAUUAAGGAAAGCAAUAAAAAACAAGAAGGAUCUCAUCAGGAGCAUAAUAGUGUCUGUACGGGAGACAUGCGCUGACUGGCAACGAGGAGUGGAACCUCAGCAGGACCCAGCUUUAAAAGGCAAGAAAGAUCCCGACAAUGGCUUUGGAAUAAAAGUACCAAGAAGAAAUGUUGGUCCUUCUUCUACACAGCUGUAUAUGGUUCGAACAAUGCUUGAGUCACUAAUUGCUGAUAAAUCGGGUGGUAAAAGAACAUUGAGAAAGGACAUUGAUGGACAGUACCUUGUUCAGAUUGAUCAGUUUCAUAAAACAUCAUUUUAUUGGAACUAUUUGCUUGGAUUUAGUGCUUCCCUUCAAGAGUGCUGUGAUUUGUCCCAGCUGUGGUAUAGAGAAUUCUAUUUAGAAAUGACAAUGGGAAGAAGAAUUCAGAAAUGUACCGUGAGACACCAACACAAUGAAGAAUGCAGUGACCUCAUCACCAUGGAGAAGCGCAUACAGUUUCCUAUUGAAAUGUCAAUGCCAUGGAUACUCACAGAUCACAUUUUGAAGACUAAGGAGCCCUCUAUGAUGGAGUAUGUUCUGUACCCAUUGGAUCUGUAUAAUGAUAGUGCUGUUUAUGCACUGACAGUAUUUCGUAAGCAGUUCCUCUAUGAUGAGGUAGAAGCUGAAGUGAAUCUAUGUUUUGAUCAGUUUGUUUAUAAACUGAGUGAACAGAUUUUUGCUCACUAUAAGCAGCUUGCAGCAAGCAUAUUGUUGGAUAAGAGGUUCCGUGUUGAAUGUGUUGCCCAGGGCACAUAUCUCUUGCCAUAUCCUCGUGCUAAUCGUUAUGAGACACUCUUAAAGCAGAGACAUGUGCAACUAUUGGGCCGCUCCAUUGAUCUUAAUAAGCUUAUAACACAAAGGAUAAAUGCAGAUAUGCAAAAAUCACUUGAUCUUGCUAUUAGUAAAUUUGAAGCAGGCGAUAUUACAGGAGUAGUGGAGUUGGAUGGUUUACUGCAAGUAAAUAGAUUAUGUCACAAGUUGUUGUCAAAAUACUUGGCACUUGAUGAAUAUGAUGCAAUGUAUCGUGAAGCAAAUCAUAAUGUUUUGGCUCCAUAUGGACGAAUUACCCUCCAUGUAUUUUGGGAACUAAAUUAUGAUUUUCUUCCAAAUUAUUGCUACAAUGCAGCCACGAACAGGUUUGUGAAAUGCAAAGGUUUGGUAUUUACACAGCCAGUGCACAGGGACAAACCACCACAAAUGGGUCACCAUUAUCUAUGGGGUAGUAAACAGCUCAACUUGGCAUAUAGCACCAUAUUUGGACAGUACUCAGGAUUUGUUGGGCCACACCAUUUUCGUACCAUGUGUGCCUUGCUGGGAUAUCAAGGAAUAGCUGUAGUAAUGGAGGAGCUUCUGAAAAUUGUUAAGAGCUUAAUACAAGGAAAUUUAUUGCAAUUCACAAAGACACUGAUGGAUGCAAUGCCUAAAGUAUGCAAAUUACCUCGAUAUGAUUAUGGAUCUCCAGGUGUCCUUGGCUACUAUCAUGCACAGUUGAAUGAUAUUGUGCAAUACCCAGAUGCAAGAACAGAAAUGUUCCAUAGCUUUAGGGAAUUUGGAAAUACUAUUCUAUUCUGUUUACUGAUGGAACAAGCACUCUCACAAGAAGAAGUCUGUGAUCUUUUACAUGCUGCAACAUUCCAAAAUAUUUUGCCUCGGCCUUAUUGCAAGGAUGGUGAAAAGCCAGAAACCAAGCAGAAGAGACUGGAAGCAAAGUAUGCUUCACUUCAGAUAGUACCUUCAGUAGAAAAACUGGGAACACCAAAGCAAGCAUUAAUAGCAAGAGAAGGAGACCUUCUGACAAGAGAACGUCUCUGCUGUGGUUUGUCAAUAUUUGAAGUGGUUCUGAGUCGUCUCAGAAGCUUUCUUGAUGAUCCUAUUUGGGUGGGACCACCACCAACAAAUGGUGUAAUGAAUGUUGAUGAAUGCACUGAAUUUCAUCGUUUGUGGUCUGCUUUGCAGUUUGUGUACUGCAUUCCAGUUGGGGAAACAGAAUUCACUGUAGAGGAGCUGUUUGGAGAAGGUCUGAACUGGGCUGGCUGCACAAUGAUUGUUCUACUGGGACAGCAGCGUCGCUUUGAGGCAUUAGAUUUUUGUUAUCAUAUAUUGAGAGUUCAAAGAGUUGACAACAAGGAUGAAAAUGUUAAAGGAAUUGCACUGAAGCGAAUGGUAGACAGGAUUCGGCGGUUCCAAGUUUUAAAUUCACAGAUAUUUGCAGUGCUUAAUAAGUUCUUGAAGUCAAGUGAUUCAGAUGUCAUGUCUGUGGAACAUGUCCGUUGUUUUCCACCACCAAUACAUCCUUCUUUGGCUGCACAAGCACAUUAUUACAGGCCAGAACAUCUUCGACAGGCUGUUCAGCAUUAAACUUGCUGAGUCCAUUCCAGAAUAAAAAAAAUAGUGUGAUAUGCAUCACAGGUCAAGAUACACACAGUCUGUAUGCAGUUGAAACUGACAUAUGACAAGCAGACAUAUGUCAUUUGUACUAUGUUAUAACCAAAAUACGUAUGUUUAGUUUGGUAGUUUUCAGUGCACUUGCGUAUUUGCACACGUUCAUACUGCUUCCAGCACUGAAAUGUAAACACAGUAUUAACUAUCACAUUGCUUAAAAAUGUAUUCCACUUGCCAUUUUCUAUCCUGUUAUUGUAUUUGUAUAUUUGAUAAAAUAUAUUAAAGUUUUUUUGAAAA